AAGGCAGAUUCUUUACCACUGGACCACAAGAGAAGUCCUGGGAACUUUUCAUCCAUUAUUUAUUUGAAUAUAUUAAAAUGCGCCUUUCCUCUUUUCUGUUACAGUUAUUACAGGUGUAUGCUUAAUGGUGUCCAACAUUUCUCUGAUGCUCUUUUCAUUUUUCUUCCUUGUGUUUUCUUCCUUUGUUCUUCAGAUUGCAUGAUCUCUAUCACGUUAUCUUUAAGUUUUCUAGUACUUUUUUUUCUGCCCAGUUCACAUCUACAGUUGAGUUACUCUAGUGAAAUUUUCAUUUCAGUUAAUACUUUUCAACUCCAGAAUUUCCAUCUGGUGAUAUUAAAUAACUUCUAUCUCUUCACUGAUUCUUUAUUUGAUAUGACAUUGUGAUCAUACCUUCAUUUACUUUAAGCAUGGGUUCCUUUGUUUAUUGAACAUAUUUAUAAUGGCUACUUUGAAGUCUUUGUUAAAUCUGGUUUCUUCCUCACAGGCAGUUUCUGUUGUCUGUUUGGUUUUGGCUUUAGUGUUUUUGGUUUAUGGGUUAUAUUUUCCUACUUCUUCACCUGUCUCUUGUUUGUGGAAAGUAGAUAUUUUAGAUAGUUGUUGUAACUCUGGUACUUUUGUCUACUUCUUCUCCCCAGGCCUGUUAUUGUUAUUUGCUUUCUUGUUUAGUGACUGGCUAUAUUAAUGAAGUGAAAUCUAUCUCCCCCAUAGUGUAAAUCUCUGGUGUUGCUCCUUGGGGUAUAGACUUUGCUAUUACCACAGUUACCCUUGGAUGACAGUGGUUUUGACAGGGCUGUCUUUGAGUGUCUCUUUACCUGACCACACCAAGCUGUUAGGAUCCACUGAUUGUGACUGAUAGCACUAUUGUUUUCAGUAAUGCUGUGGGGUUACACUGCUUCGCAGACUAAUGAAAUAAAGUCAGUGUCUGAGAUUUGUUCUGACAAUAGGAAGGGCUCCCCAAGUAUCUUUCUCUGAUCCUUUCUGACAAACUAGCCAGCCUACAGUUUAGCAUUUAACUCCAAUGAAUUUUUCAAUCUUCUUGCAAUAGCCUUUCACCAAAAUUUCCAGUGUUUUUGAGAAUGUCCUUACCCUUGAACUUCUUCACACUCUGUUGCAAAUGAAGGCAGUUCCUUUGGAGAGGGCUCUGGAGGGGAUUGGGCAGCAGUCCUAGGUCUCAACUUGCCUCUUGUGGCAUGGAACUCCUGCCCUAUGAGCCAAGGCAAAGACAGUUGGAACCCCAGUAUUCUCAGCAGUGCCACACCCAUGGUACAACAUACAAUUCUUGUGUGGCUACUAGGCAGAAGAAAAUCUCCAUUCCUUUGUUGCAUUUGCCUGAGCAACAGGUAUCUGGGGGCAGAAUGAGAAAUGCUGAUGUUCUACUCCUCCCAGGAAGAUAGUUAUCUGACUGGGAACAGGGCAUGAGUGGUGAGGAAGUUUGUGUCCUUGGCUGUACUAGUUUGCAGUGGAAUCUUUUUCUCACUAGGAUGGGAUGGACAAGGAAGGGUGCAGGUUAGAUUAAGAUACUGCAGACUUUCACAGUUCUUAAUAAGUUUUAGUAGAUUUACAAAUGUUACUUCAUUUGCUCUAUGUUUUUAUAUAUAAUUUUUACCAGUUUCAAUGGGGAGCAUGUCGGUGGAGCUCCUCAUGCUGUCAUACCAGAAGUGGAAUUCCCUGAUCAAUUCUCUACAGUUCUAACCAUGGACCAUGAAUUGGUGACAUUCAGGGAUGUGGUCAUCAGCUUCUCUCAGGAGGAAUGGGAGUAUCUGGAUUCUGCUCAGAGGGACUUGUACUGGGACGUGAUGAUGGAAAAUUACAGCAACUUGGUCUCACUGGACUUGGAAUCCAAGUGUGACAAAGAGACUUUAUCUACAGAGAAGGACAUUAUUGAAAAAAAUGGUUCUCAUUGGGAAGUAAUAGAAAGUAGUAAAUUAGUUGGCCUUGAGAACUCCAUUGUCAGAAAUGAUUGGCAAAGCAAAAGGAAGACUGAAGUGCAAAGACCUGAAGUGGGAUAUUUCAGUCAAAUGAAAAUCAUCUCUGAAAAAGUACCCAAUUACAAAAAUCAUAAAUCUCUUACAUUACAUCAGAGAAUUCAUGAUAGUGAGAAGCCCUGUAAGGAAUUUGGGAAGGUCCUUAGUUGUGACUUAAACUUUGAUGAAUAUGAGAAAAUAUAUACUGAGAAAACCUCUGAACACAGUAGAUAUUGGAAAACCUUUGGAGUAGAUGACCCACAUACCCUACAACUGAAUAUUCAUACUGGUAUGAAACCUUGUAAAUGUAUGGAAUGUGGGAAUGCAUUUAGUUUUUGUGAAGACCAUAGUGUACACUGUGAUGAUCAGAAGUGCUAUAAAUGUAAGCAAUAUGGAAGGACUUUUAGAAGAAUUGAAAAAAUCACUGCACUUCAAAGAAUUCAUGAUGGUGAGAAACCCUAUGAAUGCACUUUCUGUAGGAAAUCGUUUAGAGUGCAUGCACAACUUACUAGACAUCAGAAAAUCCAUACUGAUGAGAAACCUUACAAAUGUAUGGAAUGUGGCAAGGACUUUAGAUUUCAUUCACAACUAACUGAACAUCAGAGAAUUCAUACUGGUGAGAAGCCAUACAAAUGUAUACAAUGUGAGAAGGUCUUUAGAAUUCGUUCACAGCUUAUUGAACAUCAGAGAAUUCAUACUGGUGAGAAACCUUAUGCAUGUAAAGAAUGUGGGAAGACUUUUGGAGUCUGUCGAGAACUUGCUAGACAUCAGAGAAUUCAUAGUGGUAAGAAACCCUAUGAAUGCAAAGCAUGUGGAAAGGUAUUUAGAAACAGUUCAUCCCUGACUAGACAUCAGAGAAUUCAUACUGGUGAGAAACCAUAUAAAUGUAAGGAAUGUGGGAAAGCUUUUGGAGUAGGUAGUGAACUUACUCGACAUCAGAGAAUUCACAGUGGUCAGAAACCUUAUGAAUGUAAAGUGUGUGGAAAGUUCUUUAGACUUACUUCAGCCCUUAUUCAACAUCAGAGAAUUCAUAGUGGUGAGAAACCUUAUGAAUGUAAGGUAUGUGGGAAGGCCUUUAGACACAGUUCGGCCCUUACUGAACAUCAGAGAAUUCAUACUGGAGAGAAACCUUAUGAAUGCAAGGCAUGUGGGAAGGCCUUUAGACAUAGUUCAUCCUUUACAAAACAUCAGAGAAUUCAUAAUAGUAAGAAACCCUAUGAAUGUAAGGAAUGUGGGAAUGCCUUUAGACCUGAAUCAGAUCUCCUUCAGCAUGAUCAGGUUCAUGCUGGAGAGAAACCUUAUGAAUGUAAUGACUGUGGAAAAACAUUUAACCUGAAGCAAAACCUCAUAGAGCAUAAGAAAAUGCAUACUGGAGAGAAAUCACAUGAAUGUAAUGAAUGUGGUAAAGAAUUCUCUCGAGUCUCAUCCCUUACUCUACACUUGAGAAGUCAUACAGGAAAGAAACCAUAUAAAUGUAAUAAACAGAAAACUUAUGAAUGUGGGAAAGCUUCUAUUCAGAUGCCAAGCCUUAUUAAACACCAGAGAAAUCAUAUUGGAAACAAACCCUAUGUAUGUAAGGAAUGUGGCAAAGCCUUCAAUGGAAAAUCAUAUCUCUCUGAGCAUGAGAAAAUUCAUACAGGAGAGAAACCAUUUGAAUGUAAUCAAUGUGGAAGAGCCUUCAGCCAGAAGCAAUACCUCGUUAAACAUCAGAAUAUCCAUAGUGGAAAGAAACCCUUUAAAUGUAAUGAGUGUGGAAAAGCCUUUAGCCAGAAGGAAAACCUCAUUAUCCAUCAAAGAAUUCAUACUGGCGAGAAACCUUAUGAAUGUAAAGGGUGUGGGAAAGCUUUCAUUCAGAAGUCAAGCCUCAUUAGACACCAGAGAAGUCAUACAGGAGAGAAACCUUAUAUAUGUAAGGAAUGUGGAAAAGCCUUCAGUGGGAAAUCAAACCUCACUGAGCAUGAGAAAAUUCAUAUUGGAGAGAAACCCUAUAAAUGUAACGAAUGUGGAACAAUAUUUAGGCAGAAGCAGUACCUCAUUAAACAUCACAAUAUUCAUACAGGAGAGAAACCCUAUGAAUGUAAUAAAUGUGGAAAAGCCUUCUCUCGAAUCACAUCUCUCAUUGUACAUGUGAGAAUUCAUACAGGUGAUAAGCCUUAUGAAUGUAAAAUAUGUGGGAAAGCCUUCUGUCAAAGCUCAUCUCUUACUGUGCAUAUGAGAAGCCAUACAGGUGAGAAGCCCUAUGGUUGUAAUGAAUGUGGGAAAGCCUUCUCUCAGUUCUCAACUCUUGCUCUGCAUAUGAGAAUCCACACUGGAGAAAAACCUUAUCAGUGUAAUGAAUGUGGGAAAGCUUUUAGCCAGAAGUCACAUCAUAUUAGACACCAGAGAAUUCAUACUCAUUAAAACUCUGAAUGCCUUGAAUUUGGGAACACCUUCAAGAGAAUUUGUAUUAAACAGUAUAUCAGAAAAUUCAUUUUACAGUAAAGUCACAUGAAUGUGGAAAAUCCUUCAGCAACAGCUCAAAAUGUAAUAUACUGAGAAUUUAAUAACUAUCACAGUAUCAUGAAAACCUACACCCCCAAGACCCCCACAACAAACAUUGUUCCUGCUGUACUUUUAGGAGCAUUCUCAUUAAAGUAAGAAUCCAGUCAUGGACACUAAUCAACAUGGUUCUGGAAGGCCUACUUGAUGCAUUCAGACAAAGAUAUGCGAGGUAUUAAGAUGUGAAAUUAAGAGACAAAAUUGUCUUUUUUUUUUUUUUU